CGGUGCGCGACACGGUGCGGGCAGCGCGCGCCAAGUGCGUGCACAGUGUGCGCAUAGUGCGGCUUUAGUGUGCGCGGAAUCUGUCCGCAGUGUUUGCGGAAUCUGUUCACAGAAAAGCGCGGAGUGCGUUCACAGUGUGCACACUGCACAGGGCACAGGCACUGAGUGCGCCGGGAAUGCACGUUGCCCAUUCGUGACGGUGUGGGUAACGAAACGUAUUACAACGGGUGACAGCGAAUGCUAACACCAUCGUCAAUGCCUGGAUUCUGACCACCGACCAGUAACCACUUCAUCUUUCCGGUGCUGCGGACAAUGAGCGCUGCGACUUCUAACUCGCGGUGCUGACAGGUGAACUGGUGUGGGAGGCGGCGAUAGAGUUCGGAACUCUCCUGUGCUGAGCGGAGGGUCGCCAGCGGCGGCUGGGCGACCAUGGCGCCGGUGACAGCGGCCGCACUUCUCGUGUUUCUUCUGGCCGCCACGCCAGCCGCCGGCUACUACAACGUUACAAUCGGAGGAUUGUUUUACAACGAGGAGGGACGGCCGAACGAGCCAUCUUUUCAGGAGGAAGUGUUUCGCCAAGCUGUCAAACGAAUAUCCUCCAAAUACCGCCCAUACACUUUCUCCCAUCGAGUAGAGCGCCUUAGUGGCAGAGACAGUCUGCCUGCUUCCAGACAAGUUUGCGCCACGCUGGCGGAGGUGGGGAUGGCGGCCAUCUUCGGGCCGGGCCUGGAGCCGGCCUCGGGCCACAUCCAGGCCAUCUGUGACGCCAAAGCCAUCCCGCACAUUCAAACGCACCCGCGGGACGUCGGAGGGCGCCGCCAGUUCUCCAUCAACCUGCACCCGCAGCCGGCUAUGCUGCGGAAGGCGUUCGCCGAGAUCCUGGCCAAGAACCACUGGGAGUUUUUCGCCGUGCUGUACGAGGACAACACGUCGCUGCUGCGGCUGCAGGAGCUGCUGCAGCUGGCCAGCUUCAGGCCCGAGCUCCGGAUGGUGGUGCGGCAGCUGCCGGCCGACGAGCACUACCGCCACCUGCUGCGACAGCUGAUGCACGACGAGGUGCGCCACGUGGUGCUCGACUGCGACAUCAAGAGCGUGCCGCUGGUGCUCAAACAGGCGCAGCAGAUCGGCAUGAUGACGGCCGAGUACAGCUUCUUCAUCACCUCGCUGGAUUUGCACACGGUCAAUCUGGUCGACUUCCAGUACAGCGGUGCCAACAUCACCGGUCUGCGACUGAUCAACCCGCGAGCACAGGAUAUCAGCGGCCUGCAGCCCCGCGGCCGACUGCUCAAGACAGAGGAGGCACUCCUAUAUGAUUCGGUGAUGUUAUUCGCUGAGGCAUUUUACGACCUCAUGAACCCUAUGGAGGCUACUAUUCCACCGUUAGACUGCAAGAAAGACAACAUUUGGAUGCACGGAGACUCUCUUAUCAACUUCAUGAGGCGGGUGGAGAACAGGAACGGUCUGACGGGCCGGAUCGAGUUCGACACGGAGGGCCAGCGCUCCCAGUUCAGCCUGGACCUCCUGGAGCUGUCGGACAGCGGCCUGACCGAGAGGGGCACCUGGACGCCCAGCGGACUCAACAUCUCCAAACGGGUCGCUGCCGCCGCCAAGGCCGGCAACAGGACGCUGAUCGUCACCACCAUCCUGAAAGCUCCGUACACCAUGUACAAGGAGACAUCCACGCAGCAGCAGGGCAACGACCGCUUCGAGGGCAUCUGCGUCGACAUCAUCGACGAGCUGGCCAAGGAGCUCAACUUCAACUACUCGUUCCGGCUAAACCCUGACGAUACUCCGGGCCGGGAGGACCCCGUCACCGGCAAAUGGAACGGCAUGAUAGGCGAACUGCUCGACGGCAAGGCUCAGCUGGCCAUCACGGACCUGACCAUCACAAAGGCUCGUCAGGAGGUGGUCGAAUUCACAAUGCAGUGGCUCAGUCUGGGUAUCGGCCUGCUGUACACGAAGCCGGUGAAGCAGCCGCCGAACCUGUUUUCGUUCCUGUCGCCCCUGUCGCUGGAGGUGUGGAUCUACAUCGCGCUGGCCUACCUGGGCGUCUCCGUACUCAUGUUCCUGCUGGCCAGGUUUAGCCCUUACGAGUGGGUCAACCCUCACCCCUGUAACGACGAGCCAGAGGAACUGGAGAACGAGGUCAACAUCCGAAAUGGCUGCUGGUUUACCAUAGGUUCUCUGAUGCAGCAGGGUUCCGAUAUAGCCCCGAAGGCCGUCUCCACGAGAAUGGUAGCUGGAAGCUGGUGGUUUUUCACACUCAUUAUGGUGUCCUCGUACACUGCCAACCUGGCAGCGUUCCUGACGGUGGAGACGCUCGUCUCGCCCAUCUCCAGCGCCGAGGACCUGGCGCGACAAUCGGAAAUCAAAUACGGAGUCCAAGAGGGAGGCUCCACAGCAUCAUUCUUCAAGCAGAGCCGCACGUAUCCCUUCGACAAGAUGUGGAAGGUCAUGGAGGAUGCCGAGCCGUCCGUGUUUGAGAAGACGAAGGCCGGCAUCGACCGCGUCUCGGAGGAGGCCGGCAAGUACGCCUACUUUAUGGAGUCGUCCACCAUCGAGUACAACAUCGAGCGACGCUGCGACCUCACCAUGGUGGGCGGUCUUCUAGACAACAAGGGUUACGGAAUCGCCGUGGGAAAGACCUCUCCAGUAUCGGCUUCUGAGCUCACCGAGGUCAUUCUGAAAAUGCAGGAGGACGGCAGGCUGCAGCGACUAAAGACGAUGUGGUGGAAAAACAAAAAGGACGGUGGAAAGUGUGAUGAGCAGGUGGCCAAGGGCAAUGUGGCCGCGCUGACACUGAAGAACGUGGGUGGCGUCUUCGUCUGUUUGAUGUGCGGCAUGGCGCUGGCCGUCAUUCAGUCCUGUCUGGAGUUCAUCUGGGCCGUGAGGCAGCAGGCCGCCGAGGAGAACGUGCCGUUUGCUAGUGAGGUGAUGAAGGACCUCUCGUUUGUGUUCCGGUUCCGGGGCAACACCAAGCCAGUCCGCCGGCCGAUAACCAGCGACGAGGACGAGGCUACAAUUCCCUUCAGCACCAACAGCUCCGGACAGUACGCGGCCAGUGGCUACGGCUACAACAACCGCACGUGAACGGAUGCCAUUUACUGGAGCGAUCACCUUGUAUGAGAGUAGAGUGAUUUGCUCAGGUCCAAGCCCAGGUCUACCCUGGUCUGGUCUGCCCGUCUGGUUAUAUGGCCUUGGGUCUGCCAGCCUUUGGUCUGCCGAUUGCUGGCAGUGCCGACUUCGUUGGCGCCGCUUGGCGUACCGAAGUUGUCCAGAGAUUAACGUCGAACGUUGACGUUAGGGGCACCAUGUCGUUGAAUGGUGCCGCCGGAGUUCGCUGUAGCCGUCUUGUUCAUUUUGUUUGUCCCUCCAGCGAUCUAGAAAAAGUAACAACGGGAGGCCAUCUCAGUGCAAUUAUUUGCGUGAAUGUGAACUGUGGUAGGGUAGGGAUGAGGGAGUACAGUUUAACAAUGUUUGAAGUUACUGGUGACAAUUAAAGACAAGAUAUUAUUUAAGCGAACUGCCUCCGACCCCGCUUACAGUGCAUGUGCCUUACCUAUAGGCUACCUCGUAUACACUUCACUGAUAUCUGAAACUUAUCAUCUUAAUAGUAACUAAUAUGAUGUAAGGUUCCAGCUUAGGUCACCGAGGUGCCCACUGCUCUGGAUGGUAGACAGAAAGAAUAAUAAAAUAUUGCUUGCCUUCCUGAAGGGGAGAGAUCUGUUUAUGCAACAGUUAUGUGAGAGUUUUGAUAGAUCCCAGUAGUGUCGGGCAGCUGAUUCAAGUAGGCAGCGAAAGAUAAUGAUAUGAUUAUGUAAAGAAAUGAUACCUAUGCUAGCACGUAGAACAAUGUGAGGCAUCAACCAGCCUUCCUUCUCUUGUAAAAUCGUUACCCUCACUCAGCUAACAUCAUAUGAAUAGUGGGCAGUGGCCUCGAGCACUGGCCACUCGCGUCCACACACAGAAAAAUAUUAACACCGUUAGCGGUGUAAUUGCACAGUACAUAUCUGAGCACUUGUGGAAAGUUAAUUUAGUCCCUUCCCCGCUUAAAUUACUCGCGCUUCCAAAUGAACACCAGGAAGAAGGUAAUAGAACACUGUUAGGAGGGUUGGGUGUUUUGCUACGUGUAGUAAAACACCCAACCCUCCUAACAGUGUUCUAUUACCUUCUUCCUGGUGUUCAUUUGGAAGCGCGAGUAAUUUAACCCUAUUAGUGGCAGGCUCCUGGCUACCCCACAUUAGUGGCAGGGGGGGCUGUUUACGACCCCCCCCUUGAUAUCUCGAGAACUAACCGGCCGAUUUUCAAAAUUCAAACGGCAUUCGAUUUGGCUCAACGAGAUCUACAUUUCUAAAAAAAAAAUAAAAUUAAAAAA